GUAAGUUCAAAAUUUUCUGGAUUUAUCUCUAAUAAUUGUUAUCGAUAAUUUACUUUACAAUUUAAAUAAAAUGUUUGUAUUCCUUUUUUAAUUGAAUCAUUAGAGCUAUCAUGUCACUUGAUGAUAAGAGUGUAAAGAAAUGUUUUAUGACUCCAGUUUCACUGACUGGUAACAGUAUUUUUCUUCCUGAUGGAGUAGAAUUCAAAAUCGGUAGAUCUACUGAAUUAGGGGUUUCUGAUCUAACUUGUUCAAGACAUCAAGUGACUGUCAAAGCAGAUUAUUCUAAGGAAAUAAUUUCUGUAAAAACAGUAGGGAAAAACCCUUCUAUUUGGAAGAAGAAGCUUAUGAUUAUUAACAAAACCUACUCUCUCAGAUCUGACCACGUUAUCGAAAUCGUCCCUGGAAAAGUUUUGUACAAAUUUUCAUUUAGUACAAUAAAGUGUUGCUUGGAGAAACCAAAAAUAAUGUCUUAUUUUUGGAAAAUGUGUGGAAGUGAGGAGUUGCUAAUGGGAAUAUCACCAGGUUUUGAUGAAUCCAGAGCAAAAGUUGCAUCUUUUGAUUUAGAUGGAACACUGAUUAAGACAAAGUCUGGCCGAGUGUUUGCAAAAGAUUUUGAUGAUUGGGUAUUAUGGGAUGAUUCCAUAAAAUAUAUUCUAAGAAACCUAUGUUCUAAUAACUACAAGAUUGUCAUCUUCACAAACCAAGCAGGGCUUGGCACUGUUAGUGGGAAAAAAAAAAUGAGUGGCUUUCAGAAAAAGAUAGAAAAUAUAUGUAACUUGUUAAAUGUACCUGUUCAAAUUUUGGCAGCUGUCAGUUAUGGUUUAUACCGAAAACCAUCUCCAGGGAUGUGGUAUUUUAUGAAGGAGAGGUCUAAAGCAGCUGACGUGAAACAGUCAUUUUAUGUGGGCGAUGCUGCUGGGAGACCAGAAAAUUGGAAAGAUGGGAAGAAAGCUGAUUUUGCGGCAUCAGACAGGAUGUUUGCCAUUAAUAUUGGUUUAAAAUUUUACACACCGGAAGAAUAUUUUCUAAAUGAACCAGCGGCUGAUUAUAGUCGUUUUAAAUUUCAUCCUGGUCAGAAAAACAACAAUAAAUUGCCUGACCUCGAACUACCAUCUACAAACCAAGAGGUUAUACUGAUGGUGGGAUUGCCAGGAUCCGGAAAAUCUCACUUUGUAAAGAAUUAUAUUGAGCCACAUGGUUAUUACGUUGUGAGCAGAGAUAAAUCUGGCACUUGGCAAAAAUGUGUAAGCCAGCUUAGUGAAGCUCUCAAAUCUCAUAGAAAUGCUGUUGUUGAUAAUGUAAACCCUGAUCGUACUUCUCGGGAACGAUUUAUAGAAAUUAGUAAAAAAUAUAAUGUUAAAGUAAGAUGUUUUUGUAUGGAUGUGCCGCUGGAGCAUUGUAUACACAACAAUAAGUUCCGUGAAAUCGUUGAUUCAGAACACGAAAUUAUUGGGUCAUCAUUGAUAACAUCUUACAACACUAAUUUUGAGCCACCUUCAAUGGAUGAAGGAUUUUCAAGCAUAGUUAAAAUACCUUUCGUGCCUGAAUUUGAUAAUCAAGAACAAGAGCAUUUCUACUAUUGUUUCCUUGUGGAUAAAUAAACACUGAAGUUAAUAAUAAAAUUUAUUGUUGAACAUGUAUGAUUCAGUGAAUCAUUUUACAGAUUUUAUUAUUUUAUUUUAUUUAUAUUCAAAUAUUGUUUACAUGAACAUUAUUCUUGUAGAUUAAUGUCAUAAUUUUUAAUUUUAUAUAAGUGUUAGCUAUUUUUUAAUUAUUUUCAUCUGAAUAAAAUACAAUAUUUUUACCUAUGUGGAUUGUUAUGGCUUAUUGAUUACCCAUUUCAUUUAUUGUCUAACAUUCAAAAUAUUCAGUCUUCACUUUUAUAACCUACUACAGUUUAUUAGCUUCAUUUCUUAAUUGGUAUUAAUUAUUGUAUGAAUAGAAAACAAAUAUAUAUGUAUUUAAAUAACUUUUUUAAAGCCUUUUACAUCUUUCCUUGCCAG